AUGGCUUUCGUCGGAGAAGGACCCGUCGUAUCCCACCCGGGUCACGGCUUCGUACAAACUGCCGGUGCCAAUGACCGCGCCGGCAGGAGGCCACAGGAUACUGGAUCUGGCAAUAGACGCCGGAACAGGAGACGCAACGAGGUGCCCGAGACCAAUCAAGGGUCUUGGCCCUCACCCCCCUCUGACCCCCGUGGCUCCCGCGGAGGGGCCAGGGCAAAACAAAAAAUUCACCCCUCGGAGAAGUCGCCGGGGUCCUGCUCCCCAAGGGAGGGGCCCCAGCAUGGUGGUCCAAACAAUGCGCCUAGACACCCGGGUCAACGCCGUGGCCCUAAGCCACGGGUGUCCCGGGAUGGCGACACCAUCAUGCGCGACGCGCCCGCGCUUAACGUGCAGCCGGUGAGGCAGCGCGGCAUCUCCAUCCCUCACCCCCCUCCUCAGGGGGACGUGGUGAUGGUCGAUGUGUUCACUGCGUCCCCACCAUCUGAAGUGGAGGACGUGGUGAUGGUCGACAUGUUCAUCACGUCCCCCUCCGUUGAACAACAAUUGGCGGCACUCGCCCUUGCCGCCCCACAAUUCGCCCUGAGUACAGGGGAGGAGCCUCAGGACAUCGAAAUGACUGAGGCCCCUCCCCUGUACUUCUUUUAA